UACGCUUGAUAGUUCUCAGGCCGUUGGGGAUUGUAUUAGAAGUUGAAGCGAGCGAACGACCGAGGUACAAACUUGACAAUUGGAUACUAUACAUUGGGAGAGUCGUGUCCGUGACAAGUAGAAGUGCAAAUGUGACCGAAAUAAUCAAAAUAACGUGGAUUUUAAUUCCGUUGGAGGAUUCCGAGCCGGCAAAAUGGCUCAAAUGGAUAAAAGAGCGGAGAAGCAACAUCUCGUAAAACUUAUUUCUAUGUGGAAUAUAGAUCAUUACGACAUUUUCGAAUUAAGUCAACCAGAUGAGAAUAACCAGUUCCAUGGAGUCGUCCGUUCCUUUUUCCAAGGCGGUGGUGCCAACGUCAUCACGAAAUGCAUCCGUGUGGCAAGUGAUGCCACAACCACGGAAGUCAUCGAUGUCCUCAUUGAGAAGUUCAGACCCGACAUGAGAAUGCUUCAACAGUGCAGAUAUGCUCUCUAUGAAGUACACGUUAAUGGAGAGGAGAGGCAGCUCCUGGAUGGUGAGAAGCCUCUGUGGGUGCAGCUCAACUGGGGCAAGGAUGUCCGGGAGGGGCGCUUCCUGCUCAAGAGGGUGGAUGAGGUCACCAGAAAAGGGGCUACAGGAGAUUGGCCUGAACAGGAAAAAGCUGCUUCUGCUGACCAGGGCUUUAAACGGAAACUGUCCAAACGAGAGAAAAAAGAAAAGAAGAAAAGAGAAAAAGACAAGAACAAAGAGAAUGUGGACAAGAACGACAGCAGUGUGGCGGAGAGGCUGUACAAUGAGCUGCCAGAGAACAGCUUCACCAGGAGCAUCUCGAACCCUGAGGCUGUCAUGCGGCGCCAGCGCCAACAAAAGUUGGAGAAGAAGCUGCAGCAGAUGCAGGGAAAUGACGGCACCUCCGACUCAGGUGGCAUUCUGAAGAUAUAUGGCCAAGCCAUCUGUCCUGAUGUCCCGUACAAGACGUUACUGCUGUCCACGUCAGACCGCACCAACUCCGUCAUCCGAGAGGCAAUGCAGAAAUAUGGCAUUGAGAAGGAAGAUCCCUCCAGAUACUGCCUGGCUCAGAUGGUGCUGCCACCUGGGAGAGUGGAAUACCAUGGGGGACAGAUAGGGGAGGAGCGGAUCCUGGCGGAAGACGAGUGUCCACUUCUAAUAUUCGCACAAUUCCCUAAAAGCAGAGGUCAAGUAAUUUUCCAACUACGAUUGAGAACCGGUGACGGAGGUCAGCCAUCACAGAAGAGACCCCAGAAGGCUCUGUCACACAAUGACCUUCGAUAUUCACAAGAUACCAAAAACAUUAAUGCAGAGGAUCUACCGUUCUUGCUUGAGAUGGAUCCAAGAGACCAAACGCCAUCUCCUGCCACUGAACGUGACGAAGUAGGCAGCGAGAGAUCAGUGUCCAACAGCAGCCAGUACCUACAGCUGCUGGGUAAUGACAUCAAGCCCCGCCACUGUGUCAUCGCCCACACGGAGGGCAUCGUGACAGUCACUCCCACCAGCAGGGAUGCAGAGACGUAUGUAGAACACCAGCGUAUCUAUGAGACCACCAUGUUGAAAGAUGGCAUGUCUGUGCAGUUUGGUAAAGCCUUCGUAUUUCGGUUCUGUGACCCAAGAUUUGAUGAGCCCCGGAGACCAGGCGGCCAUGACAGAAGUAUGCAGAAGCAGCCUCACCCCCAGUACAAUGACCGACCUCAGGAGACCAACUUUGACCUGGAUGGUCAUGUGGAGACCAUGCCAGGAAGCGGGUCAUCGCCUCGCAGUCCCGGACACACGCCACAACAGGAAUGGGAGAUGCACAAGAGAUCAGCACCAGAUUUGCAUCAAGGCCCUCCUGACAUGAUGGAUGCUGGAGACCAACUUCCAGCAUCAUUAGAAUUCAGAAAUAAUGAUGAAAGUAGCAUGCUGCGAGAUGUGAUUUUGUCUGUAAACAGUCGGAGUGUUCAGUUCAAACUUGCACCAACCUAUACGCUCUACCUGGGUAUUCGGCACUGUUUGUCCCCACACAUAUUCCCCCAGUUGCCGCCUCAGCAACGGGUCCAGAGACUAGCUGACUAUGUUAACAGGAUUGCCCGGAUGGUACAGAAGGCCAUACAGGAACACCACAACGACCCAACAGCUCUGGCGUUCUGGAUGGCAAAUGCCUCUGAGGUUCUGCACUUCUUCAAACAAGACCAUGAUGUGCAGCCAUUCAGCCAUGAUGCCCAGGAGCUGCUAGCAGAGGCCGUGCAGAUGGCGUUCCAGCACCUGGUGCGAUGUCUGCAAGUCGACUUGCAGCGUGUCAUGCCGGCGUUCCUUGAUGCAAGUGAUUCAGAAGACGAGGAGGAAAGGAAAGAUUCCCAGUAUGCCAAGCCUAGCUUGACCGAUGUCCUCAACACGCUGUCUGCAGCCAUGACCUUGCUGCGACGUUGCCGCGUCAAUGCUGCUCUCACCAUCCAGCUGUUUUCUCAGCUGUUCCACUUCAUCAACAUGUGGCUGUUCAACAUCCUGGUGACAGAACCACAACUGCAGCUGUAUACAAGGUCGUGGGGCAUUAGGCUCAAGCGGAGACUUGGCCGCAUCGAAGCGUGGGCAGAGAAACAGGGUCUGGAGCUAGCCGCAGACUGUCAUCUGUGUCGCAUAAUACAGGCUGCACACCUGCUGCAGACCCCAAAGGUAUCCGGUGACGACAUCACCAACAUCAGCUCCACCUGCUUCAAACUGAACUCACUCCAGCUCCACACACUCCUGGUGAGGUACAUCCCAGAACCCAGGGAGCCACCCGUCACACGGGGAUUCAUCGAGAAGGUCGUGACCAUCGGCAAGAACAUGGCGGAUGAGCUGACACGGACAGACGGCAGGGAAGUCCGGCUGGAGGAGGAUCAGGAUCUACAUCUUCCCUUCCUGCUACCAGAGGAUGGCUACUCCUGUGACACCAUCAGAGGGAUCCCAACUGGGCUGCCCGAGUUCAUCAAACCUAUGACUGCUGCAGGUAUUUGCCAGCUUGUCCCGAACAAUGCGUCCAGUGGUAGCUGGACUGUCUACAUGGGAGAUGGAGGAGGGAGAAGCCUUGAGAACACCCCUCCAAAAGGUCCCCCACCCCAGAAUGUACAGCCUCCCAACAAUCUCCCACGACAACCAGAGGUCAUGGUGGUCAUCUUCAAAAAGGUCAAUGGCAGUAUGGGACUCAGCAUUGUUGCCGCCAUGGGUGAAGGUCAGAGGGAGAGAGGCAUCUACAUCAAGUCAGUAGUACCUGGUGGUGCUGCCGCCCUGGAUGGUCGUCUACAGGCUGGUGAUCAGCUGCUGGAGGUGGAUGGCCGGAGUCUUGUGGGUCUCUCUCAGGACAAAGCUGCAGAGUUGAUGACACAGACUGGGAAUACAGUUACGUUGAAGGUGGCGAAGCAGGGAGCUAUCUACCAUGGUCUGGCCACACUACUGAGUCAGCCCUCACCCACCAUGCAGAGAGCUGCCUCACAGCCACAGAACAAUCGUCCAGGACCACAGAACAACAGAGUGAAGCUGAACCAUGAGGAAGGGCCUCCACCAUACACUGAGUCCCCCGGCGACCCCCGCAACAACCGCUCUGACCCCCGCUUGUUUAACGGUAUGGGGGGCAGGGGACAGGAGAGCCCUAGGAUGCCACCCCACCAAGCUGGAAGGUCACCCCACAUGGAGCAGCCACAUAGGGAUGAUCGUUUUCGAGCGCCAUCUGUGGGCAACCUUAAUAAUGGACGUUUUCAACCUAACCAAGGGCCAUAUGAUCCGAGUAUGCACAGACGGGACCCUCACGAACAAGAUCCUCGUUCUAAGUCAACAUCUAAUCUAAAUAUGGACACUUCGUAUGAUCGUCCUGAUCCUAAUGUUAUGAAGCCUGCUGCCUCCGUUGCUGCCCUUGGUCCUGGUCCUCAAGGUCAUCCUUACCCUCCAAAUUUUGGUCGCAAACCAAACGACUAUGAGAACCAGCCAAAUUUGAACAGCUUACCUGCUGAAAGGAAUGAACCUGUAAAACCAGGUCGAAGCUAUACAGACAUCAAUCAAAACAACAUGCCCAUAAAACCCUCUCACCAUCACAGUCAGCCUUAUCUUCAUCCACAACGACCUAAUGAUCGCUCAUCUGUGUCCUCUAGAAUCUCCAACAGUAACCGUGACAACAGACCACAGUCUGCAUAUUAUGAUGGCCAGAAUAGAGAGGACUUUGGUCAGUUGAGGCCAAAGUCAGACGAAAUCACUCCUAACAAGAUACGGGAGUGGCAGGAGAAAUUGGAAGAUCCUCGCACACAGCCAUUCCAGAACAACCUUCAUCCUGAUCACCAUUCUCCUCAUUAUAAUAUGGGAAGGGACGUUAACGACGCCCGUAAUAUCCAAGACAUUCCAAAAUUAACUGUGAAUAACCAAACUCGGCAGCCCAAUUACUAUGAAAACACAGGUCCAUCACAAGAAGCUGUUCCUCCCUUCCAUCAGCUGCCGAAGCAGAAUGAUGAGAAACCCAAACCACCUGUGAAACCCAAGCCUGCAGCAAAGCCCACGCAGCCAAGAGUCACACCCUCAGAAAUUCCAUUCACACAGGUUGAUAAUAGGUUGUCACAGCCGCAGUUUUUCGAUCCUAAGUCAUCCCCACAGGAGUCUCCCAACUUAUAUAAUCCCCACGCAGGAAAACAACAGUUCCAGACACCCAGACAUGACCCUCGGGCUUCAUUUGGACAGAAGAAGAUUUCCCCUGAGAGGCAGCCUGGUCCAUAUGGGUAUCGAGACCAGGAAGAUAUGCCUCCUCCCCCUCAAGAUGAAUAUGCCCCCGAGUUACCCCCCCCAUCCAAUGAUGACCUCCAUGAGAACUCUCCUCCCCUUCCCCCUCCUCCAUCACAGGAGUAUGCGUUUGAACAACAACUACAAGAUGAACAAAGACGCAUGAUGAACCAGUUGGGUCAGCAGAGGAAUUUCAUUUCGGAUCCUCGGUUCAGUGGACCUGCUGGUUAUGGCCGGAAUGAGUUCGAAGGUCAGCAAGGCCAGUUCCCUGACCGGACUCGUCCUGGUCAAGGCAAUGAUAGACAAUUGCAAGGUAACAAGCAGAAUAACAUGCAUCCUAAUUACCAGAACAUUAGUUUCGGUGGUCCUGAGACCCAACCACCUCCAAUUCCACAACCUCCUGAGCAUAAUGUGUAUGAACAAUACGAAACGCAGAGGCCGGACAUGCAGCCGCCUCACCAAGCUGGUGCAAUGCACUUAACAGUGAAGGAGAAGGAAUACAACGUAGGAGCAUCCCCCUGGGAUAGAGAGGAGAAGGAGAGAGAGCAGGAGAGAUAUGAGGAAGAUAUGUCCAAGAUGAGGGACAUCGAGAUAAAUGAGCUAGAAUCAAAACAGUACCUGAAUCCUCAGGAGCAGGAUCGACUUAGGAAGCUGCGUCUGGAGCAGGAGUUUCAGAGACGGGUGAAGGAGACGAUGGACAAGGAUGAGGAUGAGGACUCUGAUACAGAACUUGCAGAGAGGCUCUACUCACGAGAUCGGAUGAUACAGGCCAUGAAGGAUGACCUGGAAAAGUCACGGAUUCGUUUAGUCGAUCUGGAGAGGAAACGAAUGAUAGAUGAGUUCGAAGCCGAGAAAGAUCGGUUAAUAAGGUUAGAGCGUCGUUUGGACCAGUUUGAGAAGGACAGAGAGGAUCACAAACUGAGGAUCUUGAAGAGACAGGAGAAGAGACAGAAGGAUCAUGAAGAGCAGCUACGGAGACAGAGGGAGUUGCGAGACAAUCAGCGUCAGCGAUUUGAGGACCAGAAGCGUCUCAUGAUGAUGGAGGAGGAGAAGAUGCGACUGAGGAGGGAGGAAGAACUGGCAAAGAGGAAGCAAUAUGAGCGAGAACAGUUGCAAGAGAUGCAGGCAGCAAGAGAACAAGAGGAGGCCACACUUCGGGCACAGAUUCGGCAACAAGAGGAAGAGUAUUCCCGGAAGCGGCUGGAGAAACAGAAACAGCUUCGUCUGGAGCAGCAGCGAGAGAUCCGUGUGUCAUCUGAGAGGCAGAGGAUUGAGUCAAUGCAGGAACAGAACCGCGGUCCUGGAUUCGACAAUCAGCCAUACGCUAACCUCCCACCUGCCCAGCCCAACAGGGAUGUGCCACAACCUCCAGAGAGAAACAGUUCCUUCAAUAUGAUUCAGAGAGGUAGCAUGCGAAACUCGGACUAUCAGGGGCCCAAUUUCCGUGAUCAGCCCCAGCCAGUCAGGAGGAUGGGUCCAGAGAACCCAGCACCUGCAGCAUCCAUGCCUGUGCCCAAGAAGUCAGUGUCAUUCAAUACUCAGCUGGAGCAACUGAAUACAUACAGUGUGGGAAGUGUCAGUGGGGAGUCCCACCCUUCUGUGUCAUCAUAUCGUUCCUCACAAGGCUCCCAGUCAGAAACAGCAGAUCCUCAGUUCAUGGACCAUCCUGGAAUGAUGCAUGAAACAAACGAAGUGUUUUCUUCACCGCCUCAAAACAACAUCAAUCAUGAUAUCACGUAUGUAGCUGGUGGAACACCUAAUGUUGUUGGUUCCCAGGAGAUCUACCGAGACCCUCGACAACGGAUCGCGGCACAAAAAGCUGCAAACUCUAUCAAAAGGCCAGGCGCGGAAAGAAUGUCAUUCAGAGACAAGAUGAAGUAUUUUGCUACUGAGGCUGGCGAGGAUACCAUUAAAUUUAAACCAAAAGCUUCCAAGACUUUAAGAACCAUUGAAUCUCAGUUAAAUGGCCAAUAGUUUCUGUGAUGGAGCGUCAAAUUCAUGAGGAUGGUUGAAAUGGGAGUUGGCACAUUUCAGAGAUCCGCUUCCUGAUGUGGCCGUGUGGUAUUUGUGCCCUGGUGUUAAAGCUGUAUGUAAAUAUUCUUCUCAGGUUGACGAAGGGCUGGAUCCAUGUGGCAGGUAAUGGGAGGCUUGGAGGAAAAACAUGGAAUUAUUUUUUAUGAGGCAGUUCUUUGAUGAGUCUGUCUUCUGUAUACUGUUCCUCAGUGCUGAGAAAAUAUAUCUAAUAUAUUGCUUCCUGGAGCAAUAGUGCUUUGAAUUGUGUACAUUGAUGAGAUGAUAUCUGUCUGAAGAGAAGACAAAGACAUUAAGAGACUGAAAUAACUUGCCAUUAGACGUUGUAGCAUUCCAUCGUUAAUCGUAUAUUGUUGUCAUUUUAUUUCCCUCGUUACGAAAAAACCGAUACCAAUGUUGACCUGAACGAUUUUAUUAUUUAGAAAUCAUGACGCAGUCAUUCAGAAAUGAUUUCAUAUUUGGGAGGGGAUGGUUUCACUAUUACAAGACUUGUACAGACAUAUGAGAAAAGUGAAAUCUGUUUACUAUGAGGGGGAAAUGUGACUUGAUCACAGACAAGCAUAUUAAACAUUUUGCUCAUUUCGUACAUAUAUAUAUAUCUAUAUAUCAUACUUGUUUGUCAACUGUCGAGUGUAUAGUGUACAUACACAGACUCCUAGUGGUGCAUUGCUUGUAAAAUAUGUAUUCAUUUAGGGAACAUUUUAAAUUUAGUAUUUUUACUACCCAACUUUUAUAUCUUUUGAAAAUAGUUUGUGCUAACAUUAUAGUUCUUGCGGAAGUGUUUUAUAGAUUUUCUGUAUUUUGUCCAUAUUAUGUGUAUAUGCCUUGCAGGGGUACCUGCUUCAUCUGUUUUUUGUCAUCAUAUCAUGUCAUGGCUGCUACUGUUAACUCUGCAUAUUUUCAUCGUUGAUACGACCGUGCUGGAGAUUGCUCACAACGCGACAUCAAACUGGUCAUUCUGAAAUCACAUUUUGAUAACCAGGCCAAAAUACUUCUCGAUGUAUCAUUUUUGUUUCAACAGAUUGUCAAAGGAAGCAUGAACAACUAAAAAAGUCAACAACCAUACGAUUCUAUUUAUCAUGCUGUGACAAAUUAACAUACUUGUAUGAAAGAAUUGGCUGGUCCUUAACCUUUUUAGGGUAUAUUGUCAUUAUUUCCAUUCAUUACUUGAACAUCAUCCCACAGAGCCCAUCCAUCACGACAUCCAGUUCCCCUGUGUAGUGUUUAUAAUGAAGUCAUCGUAUCAGUGCUGAUGAAGAUAUGCAGGGCAGAUGUAGAAGGCCAUUUGUUGACAUAUCGCCAGCUGGUUGUGAGGUUUCUAUGCAGUGAGUCCAUGAUGUUUUAGGCAGUGCCUUUACUAAUGACAUCCAUCCAAGCACCUCGGUGAUAACGUUUACAAAUCAGAGUGUAAUUUUCUAACCAUGUUUCCCAAUGAUAUUGUGAUACAAUAUUGAUAUUUUGGUUGUGAAUCUUAACUGUGGCCGUCCUCCGCAAGUACCUUCAACCUUCCAGGGUUAAACAAUGGAGUUUAUUGAAGGAUAAAAUAACGUGUAAAUUUUGCAUUGAAUGUAAAAGUGCUUAUCUUGCAAAAUUAACACAUCAAGACUGGAACUUGUGACAGAAUAUAUAUCUAAAAAUCAGUUAUGCUGCCUGUUGAAGAACAAAAUGUCUUUGUUGCAUGACUUGAAGAUUUUAUUUUUAAGCAAUUGAAUGGGAAAUGAAACACGGCAUGUUAUCCUUAAUCUGAAAUAUGCUACUCAACUGUUGACAAGAAUGUUCAGGGUUCAUUUUAGAUAUGAAUUAAAAAGACUCUUUCACACAGUACAUACUACUCAGAGUUUGCUAAGGAAUAUAACCUUUAGUCAAAGGUGUGGUCCUUAGCAAGUGUUGUACAGUAUUUGACCUUUUCAUGAAAUGGCAUUUUCGGCUUCACGUCGACACAGGUCCACAUUUCGUUAAAUUACAGUAGCAGAGAAUCAGGUCUGAUCUUGGUAUCUGUAUCUGAUGUUGAGUAGCAUACAUUCAAAGUUCUCUACAGAAACACAUUUGAAUUUCUGAGUUUACGUGUCUUGACAGUUGGAGAUGGAUAUUUUAUCUGCUACUAACUGAAACACUGGUUUUAUGGUCUGUGAUAUAUGUGUCGGAUAUGACAGGAAUCAGCUAACAUGCCUACACAAGAAGCACAGACCGAGGUGGAAACGUUAGCCCAGAUGUAGAUGUUAUUACACUGUACAUUAUGAUUAAGUAUAUACAUUGGAGCAAUAAAAUCAUACAGGAAAA